AUGUCAUCAUCAGAGUUUAUGAAACUCGAAAAAUUUGACCCGCAAGAUUUGCGCGGUCCAUCAUUUGUGGAUUGGAAAGCAUCCAUUACCAUGUAUAUCUAUGCUCAGAACGGGUUGGCUGUCUACUUGGAUCAAGCUGCUGUCCCUGCUCCUGAAGUUAUUGCCUUAGAAGCCGAGACUUCACUCGCAACUCGUAGAGAAACACACCGACAGAAUGGUGUCAAGGCUGCAUUCAUAAUCCGCCAGCAUGUAGCCCAAUCUAUCUCAUCUCAACUUCCUAUCACUUUGGUCGGACUAUGCGAUGAUGCAGCCAACAUUUGA